AGAAUUGAUAUAUAUUCUAAAGUCCAAUCAUGGAAGGUCUUCAUACAGAAGUUGCAAUAUUAUUCUCACUCACUUCAAUGACAAUCUUUGGUAUCGCUUUGGUGUUAAACAGAAAGGGGUUCCUGAGUUGGAAACACCUAGGAGGAUACUGUAAGAAUCAGAAUAGAGCAUUAAAUAGUAAAAAUCAAGAGGGGUUACACCAAAAUGCCAAUUACAGAAGUCAAGAAUGUUUUAUUUGACUCACAGAAGUUAUGCAUAAAGUAGUCCUACCUUGUAGUCACACUUUUUGUGGACAGUGAACUAUGAACAUUCAUAUCCAUAAUGGCAAAAUUGAUUGACCUCUCUGAAGAAAACCUGUGCCUAUCAUAUACACAAAGUUCCACCAAAGUGAAGAUCCUGAGCUUUAUGAAGAAAUUCAGGUAUAUAAUGAGCAAUACAGACUGGGAAGCUGACUUAGAAAGCCAAUCGGCAAAUUUCAAAGAUACAUGAGAAUCAGAUUUGGGCUUCACCCUAGCAUCGUCACAACUAUAGGCAUCAUUUUGUCUCUUUGAAUAUCACUCAUCUGACUAUUGCCUUUACUCACCCUCUUCACAAUUUCAAGUAUAAAAAGACUAGGGAUUUUACUCAUAAUCCUGACUGUUUCCAAAAUGCUUAAGUUAAAUUAA